CUGUAUCGCCUCGUCGAACGGGUGGUAUUGGAACAUUAGCUGCAGGCGGUGCCGCGACUAGCUGCAGCCCUGGUGUUUUCCAUUGUUUCCCACCUUCCCACACUCGGCCAAGCAACCCUCCCGUCUUGUUAGGCUAAGGGCUAAGGACACCCCCUCAAAGACACCCCAACCCAACCCCAUCUGCCCUUUAACUCUAUGGACGUGGCCCGCCGUCCGUGUGCUACUACCCAGCUAUUCUCUUUUCAAUCAUUCGGCAGCCCUCCCAAGCCUGAUCAGUCGACGCUCUAGGAACUGACAAUCUGUCGGCUUCUCUACAGGGAAUCGCGAUACCAACACGUAACUUACUCUUCGGAUUCAGGCAAACAGCUUUGUUUUUAUUACCUCCUGAGUCGUUCGCGAGGCUCGCGUUCAGUCUGUUCCGCACCUUUCCCCUUGUUACCCAUCCUGGCAUCCGUGACCACUCCCUAAGCGCGACACGACUCGUUGCGGGCGCACUACCAGACUCUCUCUACCCGCUUGUUACCCCCCAAGGUCCUAAAUAAAAAUUGCUUCCCUUCCCGGACACACCAGGCUCGAUCCAGUGCAGCGCCGCAAACCCAGCUCUUCGAGACACAGUCAUACAACAGAGCCUCUCACUCGACGCCAGAUCAAGUAUAGGCAAUCCGCACCACACUCAAAACAGAAUCUCCACCAUCUUGCCUUUUUAAGGCCUUUUUUUUUUUGGGUGAUACAAUUCGAGACAAUGGCCGACAUUACCGACCAACACGACCAGACCUCACCCACCGAGCUCGAAGAUCACGCUGGAAACGGCGCUUCUGAGACUCGCGGUGUCAAACGCCCACGCCCGUCUGCCGCCGAUGAUGAUGACGACGACGACGAGAAGGGUGGUCGCGAGCGACGUAAGAUCGAGAUUAAGUUCAUCGCCGACAAGUCGCGCCGGCACAUCACCUUUUCGAAGCGCAAGGCUGGUAUUAUGAAGAAGGCUUAUGAGUUGUCCGUCCUCACUGGUACACAAGUGUUACUCCUCGUGGUGUCGGAGACAGGCCUCGUCUACACCUUCACGACGCCAAAGCUUCAGCCGCUCGUCACCAAGGCCGAGGGCAAGAACCUGAUCCAAGCCUGUCUGAACGCGCCGGAACCUAGCCAGGGCAACGAAAACGGGGUUGACGACUCCAACCAAGUCGACUCUCCCGAAGAGCCCCCCAACCAUAUGCAGCAACAGCAGGGCCGCGCGAUGCCACAAAACCCUCACAUGCCUCCCAAUUACAUGCCCAACGUUGCGCCCAUGGAUCCAAACCAGGCACUUGCAUACCAGAACUACGUCCAGAGAGGAGGGCAGUAUGCGAUCCCACCUCAAGCCGGCAUGCCGCAGCAUGCCCAGCAUCAAUCAUAGUUGCUGUUGCAUCGCCUCGACCAGCGCGAACCGACGUUGAUUCUCGCAUGAUACCCAUAAAUAUGGAAACUGGGACGACUAAGAUCACGGACCGCGACGGUUUAUGUUUCCAGGCGUUUCUCGGUUCUGUGGCUCCUCAAUGUCACCUUACCCCUUCAUCCCUCCAGUUCGUCGUUGGUGUUUCGCCCUUCCUCUCCCUCUCUCACUCACUCUCUUUUUUAUUUGGCCACAACUAUUGGCGGCCGUUUGUAAUUUGCUGGGGUCAUCCUGUGCGUGCGUGCAUGCAUCGCAGCAGUCACCUUAUUCCAUUUUCCCUUGCCCUCAGGCGUUCGAGUAAUCCUCUGGCCGACUAUGCACGCAUUUACCCCUGCUGCACGAGACCAGACGGGGCGAUUGCGACUGGAAUCGUAUGACGAUUGCCGUGUGCGCUUCAAACUCUCUGCAAAACGUGCGGCAUGGCAGCGAAACGGUGCCCGUGUGCUAGACCACUUCCACGCCGUCCACGCUGGAGCACCACAUUGGUCCCGGGCGACGAAACAGCAGAUUUGAGCUAGGGAUGAGAUCUCAAACGCAGUUAUGACCGUCAAUGACGGAUGGAAAUGAUGCACCUCACCGAUGGUUAUGAACUGGAAAGGAAUAUCUGCCGACACAUGGAUCUGCUGGAGGGACUUAGACUGUCCCUGUCUUGCCCCGUUUGUCGGAGAAGGCGAUUGACUCUGCUAGAUGUGGCAGGUUCUUGGUUGGAGUUGAUCAAGGGCAUCUAUGUUUUUCAUGAUUUCAGCGACGGAAGUGAAGGCGGGGACGAGGUGGGGAGGAGGUGAAGAGGAAAUGGGGAGGAGGAAACGAUUAGCUACUCUGUAACAACAUCAUAUGGGUUCUCUAGACAUACCCGCAACAUUAAUCGCUCGUUCGACGUUAUUACUUCUUG